UGCACCUCACCGGAUCGACAUAAAAACGACCUUCUUUGAUCUCGAAACGACGGGUUUUUCACUUUCCUUAGCUAGCACGUCGAAGCAAAGCUUUGAUUCUAAAUUUCGAUCACGGUCACGGACAGUGAGAGGAUACCGGUGGCACGUUGACUAAUAAGCCGAUUGGUAUUUUAUAGAAAGCCAGCAUUAGUCGCCGCAAACAAUUAACAAAAUGAUGAUCGACGUCAAAUCUUCAGCGAGAAGAGUCGAGGUCGAUAAUCGAAUUCCUCUUCGGUUUUACUAUCGAAUCGCCGAUAAUCUCCUCAAACAGGCUACUAUAUAUCAGGAGGAGAAGAAUAUUGUAGAUUUGUAUAUAAUUCUGCUUAGAUAUUCAAGUUUGUUAUCAGAAACGAUACCAUUUCAUCGGGAUUACCAGGCGAUACUUCCUAAAGAAAGAGCUACUUACCGGAAGAGAUUGAUUGCCGUGCUAGAUGAGCUUGAGUCUUUGAAGCCUGAAUUUCAGCGUCAAGUGGAUGUACUUAAUAGAGCCCAUGAAACAGCUCAAUUGGUUGAACUUAAUAGCACAGACAGGACUUCAUAUGGUGCAGCAACGUCGUCUUUGGAAUGGCCUGUUGUCAAUAAAAAAUCUCAUUUGAGCAUGGAUCCACAGCAGCUGCAGCCUUCUGGCAUGGCAAUUAAAUCUUCAUGGGGGAAGAGUAGUGAUCAUACCCAAGUUUUAUCAUCAAGUUCUAUGCUACUAGACAAGCAGUUCCAGAGACUAUCUGUUAAUCUGCCCCUUCCAAACAAAGAAACUUUGUCUAGACACUCAUUCUUAGGUCCAAAUGGUCUUCGAGGUCAAUGGCUUGGUCCUAGUUCUGGGAUAAAGGUUCAAUAUCCAAGCAGCACUGACCUCACCCCAAAUGAAGAUGCAAGCCUGAAUCAGGCUGGCCAUUAUGAUGUGGUUCCAUUAGAGGCUGGUGAUUCUGGAGGGGCUGUAUCUACUAUGGAGUCGGUUCUUUCCUUAGAUGAUGGUAGAUGGUCAAAACCUGCUGAGGAUUUGUGUCCUCCAAUGGUUCACAAAGCAAAGGAAGAUCCUUUCCAGUUUGUAAGCAUCAAGCAACCUCCUCCUCCUCCUGUUCUUGCUCAAGUGCAGCAGGAAUUUGCUCCAAUUUCUCCAUCUAAAGUUGCUGAUCCAAGACCUGGUCCAGCAAAGCCUUCUCAGGAUGGAACCUUGAACUCUAGUUCAUAUCAACAUUUACAUGUUCCAGUAAACUUGAUGCAAGAUUUCUUGAGAUUGGCUCGGGCAAAUACCGAAAAAAAUCUAGAAACCUGUGGCAUUCUCGCUGGUUCCCUCAAAAACAGGGUUUUCCAAAUCACUACACUCAUUAUCCCAAAACAGGAGUCGACAUCUGAUUCGUGUCAGGCGUUGAAUGAAGAAGAAAUUUUUGAAGUCCAAGACAGACUAUCUCUUUUUCCUCUUGGUUGGAUUCAUACACACCCAUCUCAGACCUGUUUCAUGUCGUCAGUAGAUCUUCACACUCAUUACUCUUAUCAGAUUAUGUUGCCUGAAGCUGUUGCUAUCGUCAUGGCCCCAAAUGAUACAUCAAGUCCACAUGGCAUAUUUCAUCUCUCUGACCCGGGAGGUGUGUCUGUGUUACGCAACUGCCAGCAGCGGGGUUUUCAUCCCCAUGAAGAGCCUUCAGAUGGAACCUCUAUCUAUGAGCACUGUUCUCAUGUCUUCUUGAAUGCCAAAUUAAGAUUCGAUGUUGUUGAUCUUCGGUAAGCUUGCUUGCACAUCCCUGACAUAAUCCAAGUAUUUAAGUAAAUAUAUUAAACCAAAACAUGUAAACAGAAUAUUUAUUUUCUGCUGAUAGUAUUGUUGUAAAUUCAACUCUUUUCCUGAGUAAAUAUUUGUUAGAAGUAGCGGCAAAGUUUUUUAACAAUUGAGAUUAUCGUCACACUUCAUUAAGAUGUACUGGUAAUUGUAAACACUUCACUAAAGAGACAAAUUAUGUGUGAUUUGAAACUAUGUUUUCAUAUUGUAGAAUGGGUUGUGUAAGUAUGUAAAUGACAAAGUGCUCAAAAUGUUUCAUGGAAGUUUGUUUCCAUUUC